ACGUCGACAGGAACUGACUAGAAACCAUGUAUUUUAGUACUACAAUAUUGUGAUUAAACUAUAUUUUUACUAAGUUACUAACAUUCUACACCCAAAUUUGGAAAUGUUUGUAUACCAGACUUAUAUUAUUUGAGUCUGUAUUCCCUUGAUGACUUAUCUCAUCAUAACGUAAACCUCAUCAUGUCUGUAUUUGGCUUGGUCAACUAUAAUGAAGAGCAGUACCUGUCAGCGAACAAUUCUGUUGUAACAAAAGAAAAGUGUAUAUAUUACAACCGCACAACUGGACGAAUUAUUACUCCAGCGUAUGAAGGAAUACCAGAAAACCUACUGCUUAACUUUCUUGGAUGGAUUAUGCUGGUUACCCUGUUCGCAUGCUUGAGAAAACGAGCGUGGAAUUAUGGGAGGCUCGCAUUAGUCCAAAAAAACGAAGAAAGGUGGACCCAGCUGUUCUACGGUACGCUGGAUGACGUAGUCGGAGCCACGGAGGUGAACUCUGUCACAUCUCUUGACUCAACAGUACACAUUGACCGGGGCUUUUGUUCCUGGAUAAUUGCUAUAUUUAAGAUCAAGGAUGAAAACAUCCUUGCCAAGAGUGGGUAUGAUGCCGUCCAAUACUUGUCUUUCCAACGGCACAUAAUCGUCCUGGUGGCGAUCAUAUGUGUUAUUUCCCUGUCUGUAGUUCUGCCUAUCAACUUUCAAGGCUAUUUACAAGCGGAAGAGCGGUCUUUCGGACACACUACUGUUAGCAAUCUGGAGCCUGGCUCUAACUGGCUAUGGGUGCAUGUCACGCUGUCCCUGCUAUAUCUCCCGUUGGGUAUCUACAUAAUGCGAAGAUUCUCUGUAAACCUGAAGGUGGAAGACAGAGACACAGUAUCUCGUACUUUGAUGAUUUCAGACAUCCCGCGACGCUCCUGUGACGCUGACGAUCUUCACAGACACUUCAGAGAAGCCUACCCAGAGUUUGAAGUUCAAGGGAUUCAGUUAGCCUACAAUAUCACCAAAGUUAGUCGAUUAGAUAAAGCAAGAGAGACGGCAUAUCAAGCUAGAAUCUACUGUGAUAACUACUUGAAGGACACGGGCAUUAGGCUGCAGAUGAGGCCGUACCUGUGUGGAAACUUAUGUUCAUGUUGUGACAUGUACGGGUGUCCUACGGUGGACGCUAUAGACUACUACACGGACGAAGAGAGUAGACUACAGGCUCAGGUGGAUCUGGAACGGACAACAGCUCUGAAGCGUCCGCUGGGCAUUGUGUUUGUUACGCUAGUGUCUAUAGCAGCGGCCAAGAAGAUCUACUCGGACCACCAACGUCGCUACGCCUGCCUCAACAACCUACCCGAGUCCUCUGUUAGUCGGAGACUGAAACAUCACAGGUGGAAAGUGCAGUUUGCGCCGUCACCUAGGGAUAUAUGCUGGGAGAAUCUGUCUGUUUCUCGGAAGAACUUCCAGAUAAAAGCUUGGUUGCUCAAUGGGUUCCUUUCUGUGGUUUUCUUCUUCCUCACAACUCCCCCUAUCAUUGUUAGUGUUAUGGACACUUUGGUCUUCAACCAGGUGGAGAAAAUGGGUCCGGUAGUGUCAGAGUUCCUCCCCACCCUGCUACUGUGGACCGUUGCAGCGCUUCUGCCGGUGAUUGUGUCUCACAGUGAUGAGUGGCUGAAUCACUGGACUCGGUCACAACGCAAUCACUCCAUCAUGCGCAAGACCUUCAUCUUCCUACUCUUCAUGGUGCUCAUAUUGCCUGCGCUAGGACUGACAAGUGCUCAAGCUUUUGUGCUGUUUGCGCUUGACUCACACAACGAGACAUAUCGGUGGGAAUGUUUGUUCAUGCCCGACAAAGGUGCUUUCUUCGUCAAUUACGUCAUCACAUCAGCGUUCAUCGGAACGAGUCUUGAGCUGAUUAGGUUUCCCGAGCUGUUUGUUUACACGCUGCGGCUGUGCCUAGCAAGAUCCAAAGCAGAGUCCGUAUCCCUGAGGAACACUAUCAUGUGGGAGUUCCCGUUUGGACUGCAGUACGCGUGGAUGUUGCUCAUCUUUGCUAUGACAACUGUCUUCAGCCUGUCAUGUCCACUGAUUACUCCGUUUGGUCUGCUGUACAUGUGCUUGAAGCACUGCGUAGACAGGUACAACCUGUACUUUGCCUACGGCCCUUCUAAGAUCAGCACGCGCAUACACGCAACUGCUAUCAAGUACGUGGUGUUGUCUAUAGUGCUGCUGCAGUUCAGCUUCAUGCUGCUCUCAGUGAUGCGACAAGGUUUUAACACCAUAUCAAUUUACGCCCUGACUGGUUUUGUGGUCACUAUCAUCAUUUUUAUUCUACACAGUAACCUAAGGUUCUGCAGUGGUCUCAGCCCUAUCUAUCACCAGGCAAAGCCGGCACCGUCGGCCAGUCCCAGCCUGAGUAGUCCCCGACACGGCAGCGCGGCCAGACACCAGUUUGUGCCUGACGUGUUGCUGCGAGGUACCACCGGCGCAGGGGACAGUUCGGCGCCGCGCCAGCCUGACCUGGUCACUGUGUACAGUCCUGGGGAGAGUUGCAGUACCAGCCAGCGCAACUACGGAACAGAUCAACAUAGAGCCGCAGAUCCUGAUUCAGAUUCCAACUCUCGGUACCAGAAUUAUGACACCAACAGCACUCAAGCAUAAGUGCAAUUACUAUGUUCUGCAAUCUCGCAUUUCUCCUCUUUACUAGUCACUGUCUCUUCCUUGUAAAUAUAUUUAUUUUUGUUUUAAUUGUUUCAAGCUAUAAUGUGUAAGUGAGUUAGUAGAUUGUAAACAUUUUCUUCGUCUGAAGCUUGCCUCAGUUAAACAAACAGAGCUGUGAGAUUAGAAGUGUUUUCUGUGAUAGUCUUCAAUAAGAACAGUGUGGCACAUAUCGUUUAGUGUAUUCAGAAAUCCAAAACACAUAAUUUGUAUUAAAUAUUUAAAAACAAUUUUGCUCAUAAGAAUUUCUUAAAUCUUUUUUAUUAAAUUUUAAUUUUAAACCACGUUUUCCUUUUAGAGCAUUUCUUCUGAUAUGCCCAUAUUUACAUCACAACUCAAAAUUAGUAGUUCUUAUCACAAAACAGAUUUUAAAGAUUUUAUUGUGCUUCUUUUUACACAGAAAUGCAAUAUCAACAAUAAAAUAAAUUUAUAGGUGAUAAUUUUAAAUAUUUUAUGCAGAAUACUUUUAUAAACUCCAGAUUGUCUAACAUUAAAUUCUAACGAUAGUCUGUAAAAAGUUAUGACAUCCAACUUGGACUGAAUUGAAAUUAAAUUAACAAAAGAGUACGCUUUUGCAAUGUUGCACAAACCAUUAGCUGGUUAUAUGUAGUGUGAUUGUAAUAGCACUGUUUUUUAUAAAUUUUCUUUUUUUUUAGGGAUAAAAAAAUCAUUCCUUUUUUAUUACAAGAUAUAUUUUAGUUUGUUUAACAGUUUGCGAUCCGAAAAUUAAUUUUUUAGGUUAUUUUAAUGAGGAUUAUGGUCACCUGUAUAAGUUGUGAUCUUUUUCACAGCAGCUCAGGUAAAUUUCGCUCUGUGCAAAGGGGAUUUACAAAAUGCAUUAACAUUUUUUUGCUAAAGUAAAUUAUAUAAAUCAAUUUUCUCCAAUGACUUACCCAAGGGUAUUUGUUUUUCUGUUUCCUACGGUUUAACAAAAUAGUUUUACAAGUUUUUAAAAUCAAACUUUUGUGUAACAUCUGACUAAAUUACACUAACCUAAACCUUACCUAACUUAAGUUUUUUAAAGAUUUACUUUCUUCCAUUAAAAAUAGAAUAUAAUCUAUGUCCUAUGUAUAUACCCUUGAUUGUAAAAAGUUAUUGCUCACUGGUGCUUUUGUAAGAUAAUGUUAUGUAUUUCUUUAGUUUGUUGUGUUUUAUGUUACUCUGUGUCAGUUACAUUAGGGUGUAAGUUUUCACUUCAAGGGUUUAAACACUUAAAAAAUUACAGUAAUUUUUUUGUUCAAUUUGAGUUAAUUUUUAUUUAGUUUUUCCUGUAUACAAUUUAUGUGACUUAAGCUUAUUUCCCAUUGAAAAUGGCAUUACAUUCCAAUUCUCAAUUGCCCAAAGUAAAAAACAUUUUUAUUUGAUUUACAUCUAGCCAUAAGCUAUCAGUAUUAAUCUUAUUCAUGUUUUCUUGAGUUUUUGUUGUUUUUAUCCUGCCGUUAAAUUGUUCUGUAGCAUCCUGAAUUCCUGUUGAUUUUUGCUGUGAUGAAUUUUGUAACAACAUGGCAGAUGGAACAAGACUGUUAAUAUUUUCCUUUGGCAGUAAAAUUGGCUCUACUUAAAAUGCCACUUAGGAUAGAAAUCUAUCAAAAGUAUCUUUUCUUCUAAUUUGUUACACUCUUAGACUUUAAUUUAUUGUUAGUUCAAUUACAUCGAUUUCACAAAAGUUGUAUUCCUUAAAGUAUUUAAGUAUGUAUGUUUUAAUUUAGUCAGAAGUUUAAUGUAUUUGGGUACAUUUAAAACAACUAUUAUGGAUGUUCCUUCUAGAUCUUGGAAAGCAAGUUUAAAAAAGGGUUUGCUGAAACCAUCUAAGGCAUCUUCCAGUAAUCUAUUUCGGAAAUAUAUUGACUCGUUAUUCUAUUUGCAAUCUAAAUUAAAUGUCAACUUACCCUAUUAACAAUGUUAAUCAUGUUAGUUGAUUUUGGCUUAAUUUUUAUGUCUUCAAUACAGCCUUAAUGCCAAAAACCUGCUUUUUCUUAAAUAAAUUUGUCAUAAGAUUGACAUGCCUGGUUUUCUGCUAAAAACUUUUGUUAUAAUAUGCCAUAAAAUGGACUUUUAACAUGGAGCUAGAACAAAAUAAUUAAAUUUUAUUAAUUAGGCUACCUUAUUUUUUUACUUUGUUCUUGAGGUUAAGGCUUAUAUUCACCCUAUGUAAAUUUCACCAGCUUGUUUGGUUUCUUUUAAUAAGGCAACAAAAUAAGGUUAUUAUUAUAAAACAAGUUCUUAAAACUGGAAUAACACAAAACAAAAUAAAUUUUUGGAUGGGAUACCCACAUUUUCAUAUUCAAAAAAUUCCCCCUAAAAUAUACUGAGCAAUAAAAAAACUAUAGACACUAUUUUAACAGUAAAUGUAGUGUGUUUUUGUAAUAACAAUAUACACGUAAUAACAAUUUAUUCCCAUUUAAACAAGUGUAGUUCUCGCUGCUUAUUGUACUGUUAGAAAUGAGAAUUUUGCUGCAAAUGCCAGAAAUAGAAAAAAAUAUAAAACCCUGUAUUCCACAAAAAAUAACUUUUUUAAUAUGAAAUAAGUAGCAAUAGGCCUAACGCCCAGGAAUCAGACAACCAACCUUGCUAAACUAGAGAAGAGCAAUACAGUAGUAGCUUAGAAUUUGUGAUACUAAGUGUUAACGUUAGGAUAAGUGAUUUUUGCUCUAGUUACAUUUAGAACCUUAGUAAAUUAUCCCUCGUCCUUCUAAUUGUAAUUCAUAUUAAUGUAGGUUCCAUUAAGUCUGAAUGUACGAGUGGCUGUUUUUUGGAAAUGUGUUAAGAAUAUGUAUGUAGUUUAAAUUAUCUGGAUUUGUAGAGCAUUUAGAAACUAUUUCAAGAGACUUUUGAUUUAGCGAAUUGUUAGAAAUUUAUAGAAUAGGCCUGUUGACAGAUUAAAUUUUCAUUCUUUCUUAAAAUUUGCUUUGAUAAUCAAUAAAACGUUUUAUUUGUUCCGCUACAAUCUUGAAUCUUGAAUUACAAUCUUGUCGAUGUUGAACAAAUGAGCUAUAGAACAGUAAGAUUAAGACAAAGUUACAGAACUGAAUUGUUACAGAUUUAAUAUUGUUUAUGGAAAUAUAUUCUAAUAAAGAACAUCUCAACAUCUAUAAAUAAAUAGUUUUUGUACAAUUACUGUAAAUAGUAUAAUAUUGCAAUGUAAAAUAAAUUUGGCAAUAGAAUAAAACAACUAUAGAUGGUGGUUUAUGUUGAAGUUAUUGAUUACUAUAAUUAAUAAUAUUCAAAUGCCGUAGUUUCAAUCUUUACAUUGUUAUGACUGUGGACUCCUUUUUGAUCAAACUUCUUGGAACACGAUCCUUGUCCUAUCUAAAAAAAUAUUUGAACUAUUGGAAGUUGUACAGACAUGAAUGGACACGUAUUGAAGAUAUGAGUAUAAGAUUAAGUACAUUCUGAUACCUAACAACUCUGUAUUGAAUUUUGAAUUAUUAAAAAAAAUCAGAUUAGCCUCCACAUUUUAAUGUAAUGCAUUGUGUAUCAUGAUUUACUUUUGAUUAAAACAAAAGAGACCGUAUGUAUGUUACCACAUCUACAUUUGAUUUAUUCUAUCGCUUCAUUCAUAAUUAAUUUGUUUAUCAUUCAUUCAAACUUCUGUCAUCCAUCUACUGUGUUUUUAGUCUUUUAAUAGUAAACCUAGGACCAUUUUACUCAUUCAUAUUUGUUGAUCUGUUUUUAUGUAUAUGUGUUGCUUUUGAAGAAGUAAAGUUAUU